AUGAGCUGCUGGGCAUCGUCUUCCGCGUCAUUGCGCGCUGUGGCGCCGCGUCUCGCUCGCUCAAGGGCAGCCGCCGCCACCCUCCCGACUCAGUCGCUCGCAGCUAGACCCGCCACCCGCCUCGUCGCUGCCAAACCACCCACUUCGCCAGCCAGGCUGUUCAGUAGCGCCACAGCUGCACGCGCAAACACCUCCGUCUCGGGACAGGAUCUAUCGAUAGCCCUCGACGACAAUGGAAACAUCCCUGCAGCGCCCUAUUCGCCGCUGCCGCUCGCAGGCACAUCACCCUCUUACAAGGUGCAUCUCAUCGUCCACCCCUACGACCACGCCCGACCUGCCGACACAUGGCCCUCGCAUCUCGAGUCCGUCUCGCCAUUCCUCUCGGAGCUCGAGAGCCGCGCAAAGAAGGGCGGCAGCCUCGAGGGAUACGGCAUCUCGUUCUCGGCUGGUGACGCUCGCGCCGUCUCGUCGAGCGAGGCGGGACUGCAGGCGUGGGAUCCCUCGACGUCGCGCAUGAUGCGUGCCGUGCCCAACUCGGCGCAGGAGGACGAGCGCUUCGUCGUGCACGCCUACACCACCAACGGCACCAUGGCCAAGAUCGGGCCCGUGUCGCUCGCCACGCUCGACAACUCCGGCGCCUUCCGCCAGCGCAUCGACGAUGCGCUCGCUGCUGCGCAGCCGCAGACCGGCCGUGCCAAGCCGGACGACGAGACGCACGUCUACGUCUGCACGCACGGCGCGCGCGACUGCCGCUGCGGCGUUGCGGGCACUGCAGUCCUCCAGGCGCUCAAGGACGAGGUGCGCGCCCACCAGGCCGCCGCGAUCAAGACGGGCAAGCAGACGCCCAAGAACGUCCGCGUCUAUCCUGUGAGCCACGUGGGCGGACAUGCGUGGGCGGCCAAUGCGCUCGUAUACCCGCACGGCGACUGGUAUGGUAAUUUGCGCACCACCGACUCGAAGCUCGUCUUGCGCGCCGCACUGGCGCCCGCGAGCUCGGCGCACGAUCUCGAGGACAUGCGCGAGAGGCUGGUGCACUGGCCCCGAUGGCGCGGCCGUCUCGGGCUCAGCAAGGCGGCGCAGCGAGACCACUUUGCCGAGUGGGGCCCGCCUACCGUCAAUACCGCGCACAUUACGCCGCGAUCGCGCGGCCUCGCCACCGCCUCGCGCGCGGCCCUGUCCUCCUCCUCCCUGUCGACGUCGUCGGCUGCUUCGGUGAGGACGUACGCCACGGAUGCAGCCGAAAAGGCCAAGCCGUCGGCCCGCAUGCAGGCGUUCCGCGAGAAACUCGCCGCGGACCUGUCGAUCGACGACUUUGCCGCCGGCGACGUUGACCCGCUGCUCUCCAGUGCCGGUCGCGUUCAGAUGGGCCGUGUUGGCGAGGCACGUUUGCCGAAGCAUCUCAAGACCCAGAUUCCGACGGGCGCCAACUAUACGCGCAUCAAGUCGGACCUGCGCGGGCUGGGCUUGUCGACGGUGUGCGAGGAGGCGCGAUGUCCGAACAUCGGCGAGUGCUGGGGCGGGUCCGGGGGCAAGGAUACUGCGACGGCGACGAUCAUGAUUAUGGGCGACACGUGUACGCGCGGCUGUCGGUUCUGUGCGGUCAAGACGUCGCGCACACCGGCGGCGCUCGAUCCGCACGAGCCGGAAAACACGGCCGAGGCGAUCUCGCGCUGGGGGCUGGGGUACAUCGUCCUGACCUCGGUGGAUCGCGAUGAUUUGGCCGAUGGUGGUGCGGCGCAUAUUGCGUCGACGAUCAGCAAGAUCAAGGCCAAGUCGCCCAAGAUUCUGGUGGAAGCGCUGGUGCCGGACUUUUCGGGCGAUCGGGCGUGUAUCGAGCAGGUGGCGCAGUCGGGCUUGGACGUGUUUGCGCACAACGUCGAGACGGUCGAGCGUACGACGCCGUCGGUUCGUGACCGCCGCGCAAAGUACCGUCAGUCGCUCGCGGUGCUCAAGCACGCAAAGACGGUCAAGCCGGAUCUGAUCACCAAGACCUCGAUCAUGCUUGGGUGUGGCGAACAGGACGCCGAGGUGGAGCAGACGCUGCGCGAUCUGCGCGAGGCCGAGGUGGAUGUGGUGACGUUUGGACAGUACAUGCGUCCGACCAAGAGGCAUAUGAAGGUGCACGAGUAUGUCCAGCCCGACAUGUUUGCGCACUGGCAGAAGCGCGCCGAGCAGCUCGGCUUCUUGUAUGUCGCAAGCGGCCCGCUGGUGAGGAGCAGCUACAAGGCGGGCGAGUUCUUUAUCGAGAACGUGCUCAAGCAGCGAAAGGCGCAGCAGGCCACAGCACCCGUAGACAAGCACAACCAGCUCAGGCCAGCGGUUUAG